AUGUGCAUUGAAGAUCAAAGACGGGAAAAUUUGAGAUAGUAACACUGGAGUUAUGGGUGGUGAUGGUGCUGGCCGCGGCAGCAGUUUAUUGAUGGCUCUUCUUUUACUUAUUUUUCUCUGUAUUGUUUCUGCUGAGAUUUUAGUAAAGCCUGCAGCAGCCAAAACAGUUACUGGAACGACAAGCAAUCAACAUUUAGACACUGGAAGGAUAAUAGAAACAGAAAGGCAUUCUCUUCAAAGGACCAAUCUCAAUUAUGUCAGCAAAAGAAGAGUACCUAGUGAACCUGAUCCAAUACACAACAGGGAAGCAGGAGAGCACAUGAUAACACGCAUCCGAGCUUGAGCUUUAGCUUGAGCUUCAGCUUGAGGGGAAAAGUAAGAGCCUUGAUAACUAUUAUUGCAAAGAGUUUCAACUGUCAACAAGAAAUUUUUUUUUUCCUACUUGGAAACUUAGAUUGUGCAUUAUGUUUCUGAGAUUGUAAAGAAGCAGAUUAGAUCAAGUGAAUGAAAAAUUCAGCUGCCAAAUCAAAUUCAAGAGGGCACGUAGCUCUUAGAAAGCCCAUUCAA